AUGGAUGCAAAGCAAGAGCUUCAUCCGCUAAUUUCGCUGCUUUCUGCUACAUUUUCAGUGUUAUUUUGGCUCCUGACAUGGGUAAAGACGACGAUUGCAUUUUUGCUGGUAUUCGUACCGCGAUGGAUAUACGCUAUCCUAUCAUACUCUUUCACCCUCACCCUCAACUUUUACGCCCUCGCAUUCUUGUUCUGCGCUGGAUGUGUUGGACUCUCGUUCCUGAUCCGAUUUCGUUAUCUCAGCACCUACAAGAACCUCCGAGAGCUCCCAUUGGGCAAACCGAGUGCACUCGAGCUGCAUCCCGAUGUAAACAAGGCCGAGGAACCAGCGGCGUUUCACAAUUAUUUGGACGAAUUCUUACAAGCCGUCCGUAUAUUCGGAUUUCUCGAGAAGCCCGUCUUCCAUGAACUCGCGCGGCAUCUGCAGACAAGAAGGCUCAUAGCCGGUGACACAAUGUCGCUUGACGCGGAUAAAAGCUUUUACUGCGUGGUAGAUGGAAACGUUCAAGUCUUUGCUCCGCCGUCAAAGGGCUCGGAUCUUGACGAUGGUUGGGAAGAAGGCGAUAUGAACGGCUAUCAGCUCUUGAAUGACGUCGGAAGUGGUGGAACUCUGUCAAGUCUCUUUACCAUUCUCAGUCUAUUCACGGAAAACAUCCAGCUUCGGUGGUCAGACAGCGGAACCCCAGCGACAAACGUGACCCUCUCUCCCUCAUCAUCUCAGUCUGGAAGCUUCCGAAAGCGAGAGAGAGUCGAUUCAGAUGUCUCUCAAUUGGAACUGGAGGGUCAUGCUGCCACCGAAAAGCCCCACGGCUCGUCCAUGCGCCGUAAAGCCUCGGUAGUCUCCUCUGUGAGUUCAGCGAGCACCGUUCAUGUCUCACCUGAUGCUCCGAGACUGAGCACUCGAGUUCGCUCGAAUUCUGAUGCGGCCGAGCCAGACUGGGAUCCGACGUGGUCACCGCCAUCCGAAUCAUCGCCUGGAACGCCAAACUAUCGUUCUCUUAGAAAUGCAUCGGACUAUUUCGGUGCAACACAAUCACGGCCUCAGACACAACGGGCGCACACCUCAAACGCUCCCUUGCAGCAAGGCAUCAUCGCUCGAGCGACGACUGACACGACCCUGGCCGUUAUUCCGGCCGAGGCCUUCCGCAGACUUACUCAGAAGUUUCCAAAAGCCUCUGCUCACAUUGUCCAGGUCAUCCUGACGAGGUUCUCUCGCGUGACAUUUCAAUCUGCACACAAAUACCUGGGUCUGACAUCCGAACUCCUCAGAACGGAGAAGGCUAUCAAUGACAUCGCGUGCCACCCCCUGCCACGUUCUUUCUAUGAAGGAGGCGGUAUCGAGAGCCUUAGACAGCGUUUUCAACAUACAGGCUCUGUGAGCGGUGAAGGAGAGGCCUCGGAAGAUGAAUCCGAUUACUUUAAUCAGUCUGACGAGAGUCGCUCUCGUCAGUCCUUGGCGAACGGGAGCCGGAGAGGAGGGAAGCCACGACGAACAACAAUAGGCCGUACUCUUACCGGUGCAACUUCCCUUUCGAAUGCUUCAACUGCAACGAUCGCUGGGGGUCCCUUGCGACUGUCCACCACAACUACGAGCGCCGCGGCCGCGGCCCCACCUCCAAGCGAGGUCACUGCGCGCCCAGCCUCUGUUUCGUCAGAUAACCAGCGUAUUACCAAGAAGAAUUCGCCGAUAUCUACAUCUAAGUCACCCAUCACACCGUUCAAGCCGUCUGUGUCUCGUACAGCCGUCCAUGCUGGUGAUCUGCUCACUUCGGCGGGACGGAUGCAAGAUCCGCUCCACAGUCACCGCAACACACUGUACAGUACUCCUCACUUUGGGAGGAGGUUGAGCGGCUCGUCUUCGUCACUCAUGCGAGAGGCCGGUCGUAUGCAAGUUGAGGACUUUGAUCUCCGAGAAGAGGUGAUGUCGUGCAUUGCCAAAUCAAUAGGGCUUCAACAGCCACCCUUGAGCGGUACGGACUCUACACAAGAAUCACCCAUGCCAUUCGAGACUCGAUCAGAGUCGACGCCAUCCAAGGGCAAUGCAAUGUUCAAUUCAAGUUUCAGUUCCUUGUUGCAAGGAGAUGACGCAGCGUCCAGUUUGAGCUCGAGUGUUCUCAGUGGCGACCCGAGCGGGAACUACAUGACGGGAUUGGACAACGAGGUGGAAAUCUUAUCCUUCCCUGCGGGUUCGUUGAUUGUCAAGGCUGGAGAGAAAAAUGCAGGACUUUUCUAUGUCAUAGAUGGUCUACUGGACGUGUCAAUACCGGUUGACAAAGAAGAGCCGAAUCAUCCGGUCGCGGGCGAGCCCAGAGCGAAAUCUCCGCAACAUAGUACACAGAAACGCCAGCAAAGCCACCUACCCGGUAAUGGCUUCGCUGAUACAAAGACAAUGAAGCACCUAUUCACCGUCAAACCCGGAGGCAUUGCCGGCUACUUUGCUUCAUUAUCAAGCAUCCCUUCGUACGUGGAUAUCAGAGCAAAGACUGAUGUCUACGUUGGGCUCUUGCCAGCAAAUGCAUUAGAACGCUUACUGGAGAAGAAGCCCAUCGUCCUAUUGACCUUGGCGAAGCGCCUCAUAUCCCUUCUAUCACCACUAGUGCUCCAUGUGGAUUCAUCCAUGGACUGGGCCCAGCUCAACUCUGGGCAAGUUCUGUGGCGACCGGGAGAUGCUAGUGACAGCUUUUACAUCGUUCUCAAUGGUCGCUUGCGAGCAAUCACUGAAAGAGAGGACGGGGAGGUUGUCAUUGUUGCGGAAUAUGGCCAAGGAGAUACAGUCGGAGAACUCGAUGCAAUUACAAACCAAGCAAGGAGAACGACGCUUCACGCCAUUCGUGACACGGAGCUGGCCAGAAUGCCCAUGACCUUAUUCAAUGCCAUCUCGGCUCGUCACCCAAGGACGACGGUACAGCUACUCCGAAUGAUCGCCACCCGCGUUCGUGAUGAAGUCGGUACGGCAGUGAACACAUCAAGACUACCGACUACGGGGAUCGCCAGCGGUCUUCAGCCACUUAGCGGACGUGGAAAUCUCAAUCUCAAAACGGUGGCCAUCGUACCGGCUCAUAAGAAUGUCCCGGUGGAAGCCUUUGCUCGCAAACUCCAGGGCGCCUUGGAGGAAAUCGGUGCACCUACCAGUUUCUUGAACCAAGGAGCGGUGAUGCGCCAUCUCGGAAAGCACGCCUUUUCAAGAAUUGGAAAACUCAAGGUUGCGGGGUGGUUGGCCGAUCUCGAGCAAAGAUACCGCAUAGUGCUCUACGUGGCAAAUUCGCCAGUUGGGUCACCGUGGACACAAACAUGUAUUCGACAGGCCGAUUCUAUCAUGGUUGUUGGUUUCGGAGAUGAGCCGAGUCUUGGAGACUAUGAGCGAUUGCUCAUGUCUUCCAAGACGACGGCAAGAAAGGAGCUCGUUCUUCUCCACCCAACACGCUAUGUCACACCUGGGACGACUAGAAAAUGGCUCAAGGAACGACCAUGGAUACACGCCCAUUUCCACGUUGAGCUGCCUGGCAUCGAGGUGCAAAAGACGGUGCCCAUUCUGGAAGAUCCGGCGGCUGUGGCAGCAUUCAAAAUGGUCAAAGAGAGGGUUCAAAGUGAACUUCAGAAGUAUAGAGGAGGUGCAUCCAUUCCUCGACCACGUCGGCUUCCUCAGAUGAGCGAUUUCGCUCGCCUGGCUCGCCACCUGUGUGGCCGCUCUAUAGGACUUGUACUCGGUGGUGGAGGAGCUCGAGGACUUUCUCACGUGGGUAUGAUCCAGGCAAUGGAAGAGAUGGGCAUCCCAAUUGAUCAUAUUGGAGGGACUUCUAUUGGAGCACUCAUUGGCGGCCUUUACGCAGAGGAGGGAGAUAUCAUCUCCUGUGCUGCUCGUGCAAAGCAGUUUAGCAUGAGAAUGGGUAGUUUCUGGCGUUUGGCCACUGACCUGACAUGGCCUAUCGUUGCGUAUACAACCGGACACGAGUUCAAUCGCUCUCUCUACAAAUGCUUUUAUGACUCGCAUAUUGAAGAUAUGUGGCUACCAUUCUUCUGCAACUCUACGAAUAUCCUCGACUCGAGACAAGAGUUGCACGAUUCAGGGUACGCAUGGAGAUAUAUCCGUGCAUCCAUGACUUUGGUUGGCAUGCUUCCUCCUCUUUCGGACAAUGGACGAGUGCUGGUUGAUGGUGGCUAUGUUGACAAUCUCCCGGUUGCCGCAAUGCAAGGGUAUGGCACUACGUCUGUGUUUGCCAUAGACGUCGGUUCACUUGAUGACAACACUCCAAGACACUUCGGGGACACAGUAUCUGGGUCGUGGAUGAUGCUGAAUCGCUGGAAUCCAUUCUCGUCUGCGCGCAGCGUGCCACAGAUUGCCGAGAUUCAGACUCGACUGGCGUACGUCUCAAGUAUCCGCAACCUUGAAGAGGCAAAGGUGGCACCAAACUGCCUCUAUGUCGCUCUUCCAGUGCAAGAGUUUGGAACACUUCAAUUUGGUCGAUUCGAUGACAUCAAGAACGUUGGUUACAAAUCAGGGUUAGAGACAAUUGCGAAAUGGGAUGCACAGGGCUUGCUCCCAAGUGGCUUUGAGGAAGGAGUCGGACGUUCUAAACCUCGUGGACGCGAACGACGACGAAACUCGAUCUAA